CUCAACCAUGGUACGAAAAUCUAAAAACACUUGAAGCACAUAAGAUUUUCGACAAAGAGGAUAAUACCAUGUGUAACGAGUGAAGUGUAAAACGUCAUGUAAUGAAAGAGUGUGAGAGCCAGUAGCGAGUUGAGAAGAGCCAAUAUGGCUUAUCUGCAAACCUGAGCCAUUGCCAAUAAUUAUCUCGUCAGGGCCUGCAUAGUCCGAAUAAAGUGAGAGAUUCCCGAGGUCAGUAGUGACGUGAUGAGAUGCGGCUGAAUCCAUCAGCCAUGGAUUUGGAGGAGCUGAACUCGGCGCAGAUGGCACCGAAGAGGGGGCUGCAUGUGUCGAGUGGUCCUGGCGGGGCUGAAGAUGGACCGGGUGGGUUUGUGGAAAUAGUUGGAAACACUGGCGCACAGAGUGCCCAGGUUUCUCGCAAUAUUGACAUACCAAGCGGGCCCGGCGAGGAGAAGCUGUAGACGAGCUGCCAGGAGAGGAUGGGCUUGAUGCCCGUUGGAGGACCCCUGUGUUGGAUCUUGGGGACGAGGCGUCCGAUUAGGGUUGCGGAAGAAUACCGCUGCGGAGAGGGCGAGAGCUAUAAGAGCCGCUAGGGCGUUGUCCUUGCGUGUAGAAAGCAGUGGGAACGGCUGUGGGCUACCGUGCCUUGAGGUCAGCCUCAUAUUCAACGAGUGAGUCUACAAGAUCCUCAAGGGUGAGACCAGAGCCUCGGGCACGAACGAUAGUUGAAAAAGACUGGAAUUCUUCACCUAAUCCUCGAAUGAAAUAGACAACAAGAUCAAGAUCGUUCCCAUUCCUUCUGGUAGCUUGGCUGCUCCUUUUCAGUUGGAUCGGGUUGCAGAUCUGGUCCGCCCCUGGUCGCUGAGCAUUUCAUUCGCGGUGACAAUCGCGAAGUUCAUUUUCCCCUAGUCGGAGAACCCCUCGCUGGUGCUGGCCUUCGACUUUAUGCUAGGCUGAACAGACGAGCCGGCCGGCGAUCCAUCCGGCGGCUUGAGACAGUGGUCCACCUCCGUCGCCGGAGGCUUCAACUCACCAGACAUCACAACGGUCACAAAGGAGGAGAGAGGGCCGAGCGAUUCUCUCUCUUCUAGUCACAUAGACACUAAGGUAACAAAAUGUGGUUCAACAGGUAACCAUUUAUCUCCCCACACCUUUUUUUUUGAAAGUGACGAAGGAUCCAUUGCCUUUUUUUUUUUGAAAGUGACGAAGGAUCCAUUGCCAAUGCUCCAUUGCAACUCAGCAUUUUGUAAUUCUUGGGCACUAAGUAUGUUGUGCCAUUACAGCCACAAGUAUAAUGGAAAGUAAAACAAACUUAGUAUUUAACAAAGAUACCAAAAAGCCUUCCUCAAAUUACUCACCUACUCGGCUAAACACUAAUUAUCAUAACCCUAUAAUUGUUAUUUAUCCUUAGUAUUUUAAUGCUUACUUUAUUUUGCUAUUGAGAAAGGCGCAUAUAUAUAUAUAUUAAAGGUCGACAACAAAUUGAUGUAUAUGAUUAUUUUGCUAUGGUGGUACUAAACAUACAACAAUAUGUAUUUUUUGUAUAAAUGAAUAUAGAUGGAAAAUCAUAUGAUUUGGUAUAUGAUAUUUUAAAACAAAAUUAUGAUGGAUAGAAAAUAUCGUCAUGAAUGAAUGUAGAAGUAUUCAUUUUUCUCGGUAAAAGUAUUCAUCAUCAUUCUUCAUCAUGAAUUUUUUCAUUUUGGACAUUGUGCUUUACUAAACCUACGAGAAAAUCGCUUUAGUAAUAAGAGUCUCUUCAAUGGGUGAUGGGAAGCUUUAAUUAGUACGAUGCACACUCACAUCUAUUCUAACAAUGCUAAGUAUAACAAUGUUAUGGAUGUAAUAAAGUGGCUCAGUCGUAUUCUACUGGUCACGGUAUCCUAGGCUACUUAGGCUUGUGCGGUUGUUAUCUAGUUAACCUCAAUCGCCCUAACUAUUGGAGAUAACAGGCAAAGUAUAAAAGGGCGAUCCACGGUGAUCGAGGUGCAGUGAUCACUAAUCUAGGGAUUCGUUGAAUGGUCAUGCAACCAACCCCUUCCUUCACCAAUCCACCAGCCCAAUGUCACCUCAACUAGCCUCACGAUGCAGGGAUAACCUAUCUCCUCUAAAUGGGCUCUACCCAUCAGCACACUAGGCAAUCGAGUUGAUGGUCAUGCACUCGACGCCCUAACAUUUCGUAGGUGGACACCUAAUAGGUAGGGGGUACGAUCGCCUCGUGCACCAUACUAAACUCCUAGAUAAACCAUCAUAACCUAUCAUACCAACAACGCUCACAUAACCUAGAUUAUCAAAGCCUAACUAAGCAAUCAUAAAUAACAAUCAGAAGACAAAUCUAAAGCAUAAUAAUCAUAGAUGGAGCAAUAAAAACUCUAUGCAAAC